GUAGUUCUACACCGCUGAGGUGCAGGACUUUAAAUCUGACGAGAUUAAAUCACGGACAGGUCCGAGGUGUGUUGUAAUUCACACUGACUUUUUUUGCCCUUUUUUAAAAAUUAUUUGGCCCUUUUUAUUCUGGGUUGGUCCGCUGUCGACGAUGUGUGCCGUCCUGCUUUCCACCAUCGCCGGGGAAAGACUGGCUCCACCGAAGACUGUUCCUCAGAGGAGCGCAGAGAAGCGCCCGGGAACAUGCAGAAAUCUAUUCGGACCGGUGGAUCACGACGAGCUGAGGCAAGAAUUAUCCUCCAAGCUUCGCGAAAUAUCUGAACGAGAUCAGCUGAGGUGGAACUUUAACUUCAGCGAAGGACAGCCGCUGGAUGGGGAUUUAAGAUGGGAGGAAAGUCGAGCUGAGGACUGUCCGCGGUUCUACAGACAAACGACUGCCGUAUCCAAGAGGCCUUUUGUGGACUUGCCCGCGACAGAAAGAAUCACCCAAGUUGCCCCAAAAUGUGUGGGUCGUUCAGUGAAGAUUUUGAACCAUAUAAACAAGUGUACCCGAAGAACAUUAUCUCGCAAAGCAGUCGCUCGCGUCCAGACCAAGAGACUCGCAGACAUGCGCAUUACAGAUUUUUAUGGGAAGAGGAAGAAAACGGAUAGCGUUCAUAAGGAAAGCGGAAGCUUGGAAUGAAACGCAUCUUCUGAAGAAAAAAAGCGCACCGAUGCGUGCGUCACAGAGUGGUGGCGGGAAAAGGCCGGAAGUAAUGACGUCACAGAGUCUGACUCAAGUUAUUGCGUGAUCAAGUAUUUAUUCACUGCUGUAUGUGCCAUUUAAACAUGUAGAAGCAGCUCUGGCUGCUCUACAGUUUACAACUGAUAAGUAACUUUAAAUUAAAGUCAGGACAAGUA